AGAAGAAGCGGAAGUGUGAUUGACUGUUUCCAAGGAGACCAGCAAUACUACUGUCCUGUAGGCUGCUCUGUCAGAGCUGAGAGGGUCAAAGACCGUCAAGAUGUCAUUUCUGUUCGACUGGAUCUACAGGGGGUUUAGUAAUGUUUUACAGUUCUUAGGUCUGUACAAAAAGUCUGGGAAGCUGAUUUUCCUGGGCCUGGACAACGCUGGUAAAACAACACUCCUACACAUGUUGAAGGACGACCGACUUGGCCAACACGUGCCGACGCUGCAUCCAACAUCUGAAGAGCUGUCAAUUGGUGGAAUGACAUUUACCACAUUUGAUCUGGGCGGACAUGUACAAGCUCGAAGAGUGUGGAAGAACUACCUGCCGGCUGUGAACGGAGUCGUCUUUCUUGUAGACUGUGCGGAUCACGACAGACUCACAGAAUCCAAGACUGAACUCGACGCUCUCCUCGGAGACGAGACCAUAGUCAAUGUACCAGUGUUGGUGCUGGGUAAUAAAAUUGACCGUCCCGAGGCCAUCAGUGAAGGAGGACUGAGAGGAGCUUUUGCCCUUGAUGGUCAAGUUACCGGAAAGGGAAACGUCUCUUUGAAGGAGCUGAACGCCCGGCCGCUGGAGAUUUUCAUGUGCAGCGUGUUGAAGAAACAAGGCUACGGGGAAGGUUUCAGAUGGUUAUCACAGUACAUCGACUGACACGCAGGACUGAGGGGAUUUUCUUGACACAUUUUCCCCCCCGAAGCAUGACAAAGACUUUGUGUCUUUGCCAGCGUCAGUCAGCCCAAAAUUAAAAACUACAAGAGCAUAUUCUUUUUAAUACUUUAUUCAGGAUUUAAAGGUUUCUAUGCAAACUUUUAAAAAGUGGUUCAUGGUGAACUGUCCUACCUGUGUUAUUAAUGUGAGAAUUAACCGAGUUGUCUAACUCCAUGGCAUGUUAAUUAGGUUACACCAUACCUGAUUACAAUACACGAGCAGAAAUUAUGCAAGAAUGUAGAUAAGUACACAUCAGUGUUGCAUUUAUUAGGAGGGAAGUGAUACAUUAAGGAAACGGUCGUGAUUGUGUUGGGUAGUUUAAUGCUUCUCCGACAUCGGAUUAAGAUAGUUCCGAUUUUAAAAUAUAUAACUAAAUACAGCCGAUUCAUUUCAGUUCUUUUAAUCUAAUGAUACGCAGCCGCUGCCUUCAAAGCGUAUAGCCAGAGAGAGUAUGCUAAUGACUUCGAGAUUAGCACGGAGAGAGAUUGGACUUCAACAAAAGAUAUCCUCCAUGCUGAGCGCCGAGCCAAAAUAACAUCAAAUCCCCUUUAGAAAACCGAAAAAGGAGAAGAGACAGCACGUCCCGCAAUUACAGGCAAAGACGAUGAGUAAACUGAGUCAAACUGAGCGGCUCACUGACGAGUGUGCUGCUGUGAAUAAUGCACUCCUCACUUUCAGUGUCUUGAUGUAAUUGGUUUAUUUUUGCCUCUUUUCCUAUAUAUGUGUGUUGACCCAAUGUUGCGUUGAAGGCAGCUAAUUUGAAGAGUGUUAGAAAUAAGUCUUCAUUAUCUUUGACUUUGGGGGUGUUCAGUACAGAGCUCAAAUACCGAACUUUUACGACGUUCAAAGGCUGCCUUUGCUUUAUUACAUCAUGAAGGCUGUAAUAAAUCAUUGCCCUUAAAAUGUCGGGAAGCAAUAAAGUAGAGUGACCAACUGUACUGUAGCAGAGACAAUCUUACUCCUCUGUAUUUAAGAGUAGGAAAGAAUAUAUGUAGUUCUGAGCCUGUUAAUUGAAAUCGUUCAUUAUUACUUUUUGUUAUUUAUUCCUUUUAAUCUAAAGCCUGAGCCAUAUAUCUGCAUGUUAUCAGCAUGUAGGCUGUGCAACAGGGCUGAAGUGCUGCACUUUUUGACUAUCUGAAAAGAUAUGAGAGUGCACUUGCAAACAUGCUAAUCUGUAAAUGAAUAUCUUAUUCCGGAUGUUUGAGUCCUUGCAUGUAAACAUGCAUAUAUUUUUACAAUGACCUGCACAAAUUUGCAUCCUCAUCAUGAGAAGCUGGAAACAGAUCAUGAGGAACAGAAACAUUUGAUCAUUGUACCCCAUUUACUGUUUCCUGCAUCCCAUGUUUACAGGGUAACAUUUUGAAUAUUCUGCUUAUUAAAAUAUGCAGGGAUGUUUGGGACUGAGAUGAAAAAAACUACUUAUGAAACAGAUUUUAUACAGUGUUUACUGAGAUACGGCACGCAUGUAAACAAACUGCUUUCCCUUUGAACUGUACCAGUCGCUGAACUCCUGUAAAUUAUGUAUAAUACAGAUGUAAAUGUUUGUACAGUAACUGCCUAUUAGCUGACACUAAUAAAGUUAUUUAUAGAUGAUUAACUUGAAGUAAUAUUUGCAGCAAUUAUCUGUGCAAAUAGUGACAACAUGCAUACAUAAAGAUUGAUCUAUACGUGAUAAUGAGUGGUUCACAUGUUGUAAUAAAACCAACUCUUUUUUUGGACUCGA